AGGGCUGAGGGGGGGUUAGGGGGUGGACUCCCUCAAGUCAGGGUGGCUUUGACAAGUGGGGGCCGCACCAAAGAGAACCGAGUGAGCCACGCGGCAGAGCAGGCGGCUUUGGACCUAGCUGUGGGGACCUGGGGCGGAGUGGCCUGGGUGGGAAGCGGCGCGAUCUCGAGUCCAUGAGCAGCCGCGGCUGAGCCUCAGUCGGGCCAGAGGAGGAGGAGCGGGAGCAGGAAGGGGUCGGGCCCAAGUCCCCGCCCCGCCACCCUGCGGAUGGAUGUGCCGGGGCCGGGGUCCCACAGAGCAGCCUCGGCUGCAACGGCGUCGGCGGCCACGGUGCUGCUGCGUACGGCUCGCUUCCCGCGCGAGUGCUGGUUCCUGCCCACGGCCUUGCUGUGCGCCUACGGGUUCUUCGCCAGUCUGAGGCCGUCCGAACCCUUCCUGACCCCCUACCUGCUGAGAAGCGACAAGAACCUCACAGAGAGACAGGUCUUCAAUGAAAUUUACCCCGUCUGGACCUAUUCCUAUUUGGUGCUGCUGUUUCCUGUAUUCCUCGCCACAGACUACCUCCGAUACAAGCCUGUCAUCCUGUUGCAGGGAUUGAGCCUUAUUGUCACAUGGUUCAUGCUCCUUUAUGCCCAGGGCCUGCUGGCCAUUCAGUUUCUGGAAUUCUUCUAUGGUAUUGCCACAGCCACAGAAAUUGCCUAUUACUCCUACAUCUAUAGUGUGGUGGACCUGGGCAUGUACCAGAAAGUCACCAGCUACUGCAGGAGCGCCACCCUCGUGGGUUUCACUGUGGGCUCAGUCUUGGGCCAGAUCCUGGUCUCUGUAGCGGGCUGGACCCUGUUCAGCUUAAUCGUCAUCUCCUUGACCUGUGGGUCAAUAGCUUUUGCCUUGGCCUGGUUUCUGCCCAUGCCACAGAAAAGCCUCUUCUUCCACCACGUCGACCCGGCCCGCCAAGGAGUGAAUGGCAUCAAAGUGCAGAAUGGCGGCAUCAGGAACAGCCCAGCCUCCAGUCAUCUUCCUGGCUGGGAGGAUAUGGAGUCAAAGAUCCCUUUAAAUACGGAAGAACCUUCUUCUUCUGAAGAGCCGGAACCCAAGCCAGACCGCCUGCUCGUGCUGAAGGUCCUGUGGAAAGACUUCCUGGUGUGCUACUCCUCACGCCCGCUGCUCUGCUGGUCCGUGUGGUGGGCCCUCUCUACCUGUGGCUACUUCCAGGUGGUGAACUACACCCAGGGCCUGUGGGAGAGAGUGAUGCCCUCCCGCAAUGCCACCAUCUACAACGGGGGCGUCGAGGCCGUCUCAACACUGCUGGGGGCUGUCGCCGUGUUUGCAGUUGGUUACAUAAAAAUAUCCUGGUCAACCUGGGGUGAGAUGACACUGUCCCUCUUUUCCCUCCUGAUUGCUGCUGCAGUGUAUGUCAUGGACAAAGUGAAUAACAUCUGGGUGUGCUACUCGUCCUACGUGGUCUUCAGAAUUAUCUACAUGCUGCUCAUCACUAUAGCAACGUUCCAGAUUGCCACAAACCUCAGCAUGGAGCGCUACGCGCUGGUGUUCGGAGUGAACACGUUCAUUGCCUUGGCUCUGCAGACGCUGCUCACGCUGAUCGUGGUAGAUGCCAGCGGCCUGGGCUUGGACAUCACCACUCAGUUCCUGAUCUACUCCGGCUACUUUGCACUCAUAGCCAUAAUUUUCCUCAUUAACGGCGCAGUCAGUGUUAUGAAGAAAUACAGAAGGCGGCAGGAGCCAGAGUCCAACUCCCCAGGGACCAGCGCGUGACCCGCGAGAGCCCCAGCGCCGCUUUCCCCACGCAGGGGGGCCGGACUGGAGUGUAUAACAGUGUUUGAGGGUGCGCCGAGCUCGCCGCCCCGAGCAGCCGCCUGGCAUCUGUGUUACAGUCGAUCCUAGAAGCUGGGCUUGUUUUCUAGAUUAUUUAUGUAAGAGAAUUUAAGGGCGACUUUCUCGCCCUCUUUAAACGUCCACUUGCUAAUGUGAAGUCCGGGAUCAAGGGAAAGGUGGGCCUAGGUGAGGGCCUUCUGCAGGGGAUCAGAAGGCAAAGCGCAGGGUUCAAAGGCCCGGCCCACCUCUGGCCUGUGAUGGGCCCGGGCCCAGGGGCUCAAGCUCUUCGGACAGAUAGAGGUGCCGGCAGUGCUUCUCCCUGUUCCGCAGGGGAGCACAGCUUCAUUUCCCCUCUGCUGUCAUCACAUCUUUGUUUGUACAAAUGGCUGUUCCCGUCUCCAGUGAGCACUAUUUGCUGUGGUUCGGUUCCCCAAUGUCCACAUCAUGUAUUUAUUUUAAAUUAUUGUUUUCAGCCCGAGUAAGUGUUCUCUCCCAUGGGUGUCUUGGCAUCAGGACAUUCUGCUCUACUCCUUACGCUUCUCAGAGAAGCUCUCUCAGCUACAAGAGUGGUGAGCGGGAGGCCUGUUGCCAAGUGAAGGAGACCUUGUCUAGGAAACCUUCCUGACAGAAUUCUUCCAUAUGAAGGACUUUGACUGUAUGGUGGAACUUAGUUUGCAGCCCCUCAGUACAGUACAGGGGACACCUCCCCUCGCUGUCUCCUGGCUGUCUCCCCCUCAUCCGAGGUGAGAUGGGCACACAGACCGCUCCCAGGCGGUGGUUUGGUUUUGUUAUUUUUGCACAAAAGGAACCCUGACCGGACUGAGAUGGAGUUGACUGUUAGGUUCCUUACCUGAAGAAUGCCUUUCUGUUCAGAAGCGGAUUGUCUUAAAGACUGGAUGGAGAUUAGAAUUUGAUAGUGUUUCUAUUUCCCAGUUACAUGAAGGAAAAAAAUCUUUCCAUUUGAUCUUGAAAUGUCUCCUAUGUGGCUGCCAGUGUGUGUGAAACUUACCUGUAUUUAUGUCACUGAGAAGCCAAGCAAGCCGAAAUGGUGUUGUUGCCUUAUAUGGCUACUUCUGGGUAGCUGCUCUUACCUGAACUUUUUUUUUUUAAUUUAGAAGGUUAUAACUAAACCAAGUCAGUGAUGUGGAGAGGAAGGGGAUGAUAACUGACAGCUUUCCAUCUGUUAUUCCUUACACCUUCCUUGAAGAUGAAGAGGUUGGGCAGGAACAAGCAAAGGGAGAAAGGGGGGAAAUUAUUGCUUGGAAGUUAUAACUACUGACUACUGGAUUUGGGGAUUUCUUACACUGCUCUCUCACAGGGAUUGUUCAUUCUAAAACAAGUCACAGUUUGUUGUCACAGGGGUGUUUUAGGUUAUUUUUUUAAACGAUGAACUAGAUGAUAACAUAAAGUAUCUGGCUACCAAAGCAUUAUUUCCCUGUUCUCGGAAUGUCAAGUAGACAACAUAAACUUUUCGUUGUGCAAUGAGUUUUUAGAAGAAUCCAAUUUGCACAGAUGUCCUUACUGUAUACAGUUUUGCAAACAAGUGGAAAUUAUCUGUUGUAUAUUUUAUUCAAUUCUAUAUAGAUUAUAAAAUUAUUUUUAUCAAAUAAAUAUUUUAUAGUA